UGUGCACCAUUAUUCGAGGGACACAUAAAUCAAAAAGCUGUACAAGAGACUUGCUUUUCUUUGUUGUCUGGAAUCUGAGUUUUCCUUUCUCUGAUCUCUAAUGGUCAAUUAGUUUAUCAGAUCAAAAAGCAUUUGGAGCGAAGCCCUUUGAUACCUUGCUUUCUUGGUUGCUUAUCAGCAAGCUGCAGGUGAUUCUUUCUCUUUCGUCCGAGGCGAUUUGUCUGAGAUCUCUGAGAGAUAUUGGAGUAGAUCUGCGUAUCUGCUGACUGCUAAGCUCCCUCUGGUGUUCUAUUGCGUUGAUAUAUGAUCACCUGAACAAGAGAGAGAACUUUUAGUGGAGACAAGCUAGAGAUCAGCGUGCAGAUCAAUAUGGGGAGAGGAAAGAUUGUGAUCCAAAAGAUAGACAGCUCGGCGAGCAGGCAAGUGACCUUCUCAAAGAGAAGAAAUGGGCUGCUCAAGAAGGCCAAGGAGCUCUCCAUUCUUUGCGAUGCCGAGGUUGGUGUCGUCAUCUUCUCUUGCACCGGCAAGCUCCAUGAAUUUGCCAGCUCUAGCAUGAGGUCCACGAUCGACCGCUACACUAAAUCUAAAGAAGAUCAUCAUGGAGAGAAGAAUCCCGUCAAAGAACUCCGGCUUCGGCAAAGGGAGGUCGCAGAUUUAAAGCAGAAACUCCUCGACAUGCAGGAUAACCGCAGGCAUCUGAUGGGCGAAGGCCUGUCCUCCCUAAGCGUUGAAAACUUGCAGAUUCUGGAGAAGCAAUUGGAGAUGAGCUUGAAGGCUGUCCGAAUGAGGAAGCAUCAGGUUUUGAAUGAAGAAAUAGGAGAUCUCAAUAAAAAGGCAUCGAAUGCAAAUGAUUCCGGAGAAGUUACGUAUAGGGAAGUUCCGCACACUUUAGCCGAACGACGUGACUUACACUUGCAGCAUCAUUUGCAUUCAAGUCCUUCACGCUCUGAAGUAAAUGAAGCAGCACACACUUCGAUGGAGCUAAGGUUGGGGCUGCGUUAAGGAAUAAACCGGCUCGAUAAAUGCAUGUCGAGGAAGUACUGUGCACAUUCUAGACCACAUUGUCGAUAUUCCUCUGCAUUGACGUUGCGCGCUGCUUGUAGAAGCUCCUGAGUAACUUUUCGAUACUAACUUUACUCAUUCUUAUCAACAGUGCGUAAGUGUAUCUAGUGCAAUACGCUGAUUAAUAAUCAAAUAGAUCUUGAUGCAAAGCUUGGUGUGAAGGGUAUCGUGUCAAAUUAUAGUAGUUCUUAAAUACAUGGAAUUCGGCAUGAUUAACGAUCCAAUGU